CUAUUAAACUGUGUUUACAUUGAAACUGCUGUCACUUAAUAUAUUAACUGUACUUCUUUUAAUGUUCACUUUAAUUCCGUUUAAUCUAUUGUUACAAUGAUUAUUGUUUUGAGAAAUUUAAUCUUUUUAUUUUCCUUCAUUUGUCUUGGCUCAUCUCAAUCCAUUCCUAAACAUGGCCACAGGUUGGUUGGAGGCUGGAUGCCAAAAGACAUUGAUUAUGAACCUGCGAAAGAUAACGCCAAAUAUGCAGCAAAGCUUAUUAAUGAUCAAUCUAAUGACAUGUAUUUUCAAAACUUGAUACACAUCCAUGAUGUUAAGUCUCAAGUGGUUGGAGGAGUAAAAUACAAUAUAACCUUUGAUAUGAGUAAAACAAUUUGUCGUAAAAAUGAAAUUGAUUCAGAUAAACCUGAACAGUGUGUUCCUGAUCGAAAUGCUACUAUCAAAAGAUGUUAUGCCGUAGUUUACGAAAGACCCUGGGAAAGUAAAAGACAGCUUCUUGAUCAUAAGUGCAAUAAUCAUCUCAGCUAUUCUGAAUAUUUCAAUGAUACGAAUAUCGCUCGAGAGCAAGAAUACCAACAAAAUAGAAAGAUGAACCUGCUGUAAAACCGAACCAUAAACUGAAACUACAAAGGAACUUCGCUUGAAUUAUAUUUCCAAAGUGAUGGUUGAAGGAUUGAACACUUUACAUGACUACAAUUUUUUUAAUUAAAUUUGAUUUAAUAUGAUCUUUAGACAAAUAGUCGAUCCAAUAAUCGUUACUAAAUAUGUAAAACAAGUGAAAUUUGUUUUGUAAAAUUUAUGUCAUCAGAAAUCUAUAAAUUCUAAUCUUUAUGCAUCGAUGUGAUAUUGAAUAAGCAACUCUCUUAAUUAAUUGAACCAAUCAAACAUUCUCACUUUUGAUUGUGCUCUCAUAAUUAAUUAUUAUCAAAUGUUUAAUUGUUUUUCUGUCCGAUCUAUGCGACAGGCAUGUCAGUAAUAUCUGUUUACAGCAUUUAAAAUGUUCUGUUUGUUUUUA